AUGACAGGCAACAGUGAAGAUGCUGGGAAACAUCUCGAAAAGGUGAGCGUCGAGCACCUUUUCCAAGAUUCGAGAUUCAAGCAUGAAACUCAUCUUCACAAACAAUUUUCAGAGACCCUUGGUAAAAAUUUUCAGCAAAAAAUUGUUAUUAAAACUCAUAGAACUGAUGCUGAAUAUCACCAUAGAGAGUUGAGAGAAAAGGAGGGUGUUACUUUAUUACCACCUGUUCCGGAAUCGUUAUUACAUAAAGCCAACUUUUUGCUCGAAGCUUUUUGCUCUUCUGAUAAGAGAAUGCCAAAGGAAUAUGAAAUGGAAGAAAACAAAAUUGUAGUUAAUGAAAAAGACAUUCGAGAUUCGGUUUCUUACUAUCCUGAUAAGAACGGAGGAAGUGUUGUGUUUUGUUACUUGCCAGAUCUUGUGUUGUAUUUUAAACCGCCAAUGAAAGUGACAGGAAAACAAUGUCCAAUAAAGAGAAGUCCUUGGGAAUUGAUGGAGAUCCAGUAUCAAAAGUUUAUGUAUCCCUUAGAAAAACUAGAAAGACAAUUUGAGGAAGUUCCUUUUAGACCCUGGUACUUCGCAAUGCGGCUAAAGGAACUCUAUAGAUGCUGUGAAAGGUCUUUUACUAACGCGGCAAAUAGAGGUAAGGCAAGGCUAUUGCGUGGAAAGCAAAGAACAAAAAAGUCGUACCAUAGAACUGUCGAUUUAGUGUCAAUGAAGAUUUCUGCGCAUUCGAAUGCGUCAUCGCCUUGCUGA